AUGGUGAUCACAUUAUCAGAUCAGUAUUUUCAGUACUUCAUCAAUCCCAGUAAACGUAAGAAUAGGAAUUCGACACUGGCCAAUGCCCUUCUCAAUCUAUCUAUGGUUUCGAAAAUAACGAUCGAGCAAAAAUUUUUGGAGAGAGGCCACACGCAGGUGGAGGCAGACUCUAUUCACUCAACUAUCGAGAGAAAACUUCGACAUACCAAUAUAAGUGUACCUGCUGACUACGUUGCGAUUUGUAGAAGUGCACGUAGAUAUCCAAGACCAUACACGGUUUAUUACUUAGGCCAUGGAUUCUUUAAGGACUUCAGUAAACUCUCUUUUCUGAAAUCUCUGCGUCCAGGCAAAAGAGUCGGAGAUCCGCACGUCACAGACAUUCGCUCUUUGAAGUAUACACCAGAUGGAACCAUUGGUUACAAAUUAAGGCAUUCCGAAAAUUAUAUGGAUCUUCAGUUCAGCCGCGUGUCGAAGAAAACAAGACUAGAACAAUGCUGCCCUUUCAGUGAACUUACUGCAUUAUAUGAUGAUCCGUUGGCGAUCAAAAAAGAAAAAUUCUUACAUUUGCAAGCACUUAAAAUGAGUAUUCCAGCUGAUUAUCACAAUUUUUAUGACAACUUAUCAUACCAUUGA